AUGUUUUCAAGAUCGAUUUACCAACGUCUUUCAACAGCUGCUCGUCGUCAACAACAACAACAGCACCAUCAAUAUCGUUUCAACUCAUCAUCAUCGAAUACGCAAGGCAAGAGCGGCAACAAUACCAGUUUCCUAAUUGCACUUGCUGUUGCAGCAGGUGCAUUUUAUUAUUACAAAAGAGAUGAUGGCAAAGAUAAAUUGAAAGAUGCUGAAGGCAAAGUGAGCGGUGCUAUCAAGGAUGUUGAACAAGCAUCAUCUGAAAAGGCUGACGAAGCAAAAGCGGAUUGGAACAAAAAGGUGCAAGAAGUUCGUGGAGCUGCUGAUGAUGCUAGUGCUGAGGCACGUGGCUAUGUGGAUGCUGCUCGAACCAAAGUUGACGACACCAUUGAUCAAGCCAAGGAGGGUGCAACAGACAAGGCUGCUGAAGCGCGUGGUUAUGUAGACGCUGCUCGUACCAAGCUUGGUGAUAAGGUGGAUGAAGCCAAGGAAGGUGUCGUGGAUAAGGCUGCAGAGACAAGAGGCUAUGUGGAUGCUGCAAAGACACGCGUGGGUGAUACCCUUGCCAAUGCAAAGGAAACAGCAACCGAUACCGCUGCUGAGGCACGUGGCUACUUUGAUGCUGCUCGUACCAAAGUGGGUGAUAAGGUGGAUGAAGCCAAAGCCAAGUUCAGUGGACAAGAAAAGGAAAUUCGUCGCAAAGCAGAUGAAGAAACCAACCAUGCCAUGGGUUACGUUGAUGAUGGUAUCAAAAAGGUAGAAAAUGCUGCUGAAGAAGUUGAAAAGAAAUUGAAUAAAUAG